AUGUCGAAGACAGGAAAGACAAUAUAUGAUUUCACCGUGAAAGAUGCCGAAGGGCAGGAUGUUUCACUAGAAAAAUACAAAGGUAAAGUUGUUCUGAUAGUUAAUGUGGCAUCGAAGUGUGGUUUAACAAGUUCAAAUUACGCACAACUCAAAGAAUUGCUCGAUAAAUACAACGAUAAAGGCCUUGUGAUCGCCGCUUUCCCAUGCAACCAGUUCGGCGGACAGGAACCAUCAUGUGAGAUUGAUAUUCGUAAUUUUGUCAAAGACUCAUUCAAGUUCGAGCCGGAUCUGUAUGCGAAAAUUGAUGUAAACGGUAGUAAAGCGGAUCCAUUGUACGUUUUCUUAAAGAAAGAACAAGGUGGUACUCUAUUCGAUGCCAUCAAAUGGAAUUUCACAAAGUUCCUCAUCGAUGCAAAUGGGCAUCCGGUUAGUUUUUCUACUUCUUGGGAUUUCGUUCGUUCAUUUUUCUACCACUUUAAGAUGGAUGUUUGCAAACCAAGAAAAAAACCAGACCAAAUUACGGAAUAG